ACACCGAUGAAGUUGCGGCUAUAGUGCUCCUCUGAAGACUGAAGCUGCUUUUGGUUGUGGGUUUGGUUCCUCCACGGGAUUUUGUUUGUCUUUGAUUCUCCCUAAAGAUUUUGUAAUAAUUUUCCAAUGGGGUGUGCGUGGUCUAAAUUUGUGUUAAGCUUGAUCCAAGACAGUUUGAUAACUCAUGUUAUAUGAUGCGUAGUUGGUGUUGAGCUAGUUGGGGAAUCAGUUGGUAUUAGCAUGGAUAUAGCACAUUGCUAUUUAAAUGGUAAUGCUGAUGCUGUGGAGUUUUGUCCACAUAAUUCACACCACAAUGUUUUAGCUGCAUCUACUUACACGCUACAAGAAGGUGGUGAGCCUAGCCGACUUGGAAGCAUUUCACUCUUCAAUGUUGAUGUGGACACAGGCCACCUUGACAUGGUUUGUAGUGAGGAUACUUCUGGGAUUUUUGAUAUAAAGUGGAAUCCACCCGGAAUGCAUGCCAAUCCUUUUUUGGCUCAAGCAGAUGCUGAUGGAUACUUGAGGAUUAAAAUGCUGGAGGGUUGCUGUAAUGGAGUGCAAGGGACUUAUCUAAAAGAGAUGACAAGUGAAAAAAUCAGUAGCUCUAUGUGUCUGUACCUGGAUUGGAACCCUUCAGCCACAUCCAUCACAGUUGGGCUUUCUGAUGGCUCCGUAUCUAUUGUUUCUCUUCUUGAAUCCAAGCUGGAAAUACAGGAAGAGUGGAAGGCACAUGAUUUUGAACUUUGGACAACCUCCUUUGAUAUCCACCAGCCAAAUUUGGUAUAUACUGGCUCUGAUGACUGUAAGUUCAGUUGUUGGGAUUUGCGGGAUAGUCCUUCCAAUCUGGUAUUUCAGAUCUCUAAAGUCCACAAGAUGGGCGUUUGUUGCAUUGAAAAGAGUCCUCAUGACCCAAACAGCUUAUUAACUGGCAGCUAUGAUGAAUUCUUGAGGGUAUGGGAUUUGAGAUCAAUCUCAAAACCUGUUAACGAGACUUCAAUCAGCUUAGGGGGAGGAGUUUGGAGGGUGAAGCACCACCCCUUCAUUCCAGGGUUGGUCUUGGCUGCCUGCAUGCACAAUGGUUUUGCAAUUGUUGUCAGUAAAGGUGACAAAGCUGAAGUUUUGGAAACUUACAAGAAGCAUGAUUCCCUUGCAUACGGAGCAGACUGGCAGAAAGGAGAAGCAAAUCACAGAGGUGGGAGAACCAAACCACUGAUAGCUACUUGCUCAUUCUAUGACAAACUUGUCAGGCUAUGGAGGCCAGGAAAUGAUAUUAUCUUGUAGGUUCAUGCUUAACAUUAGGCCCUGUUUGGAAAUGUAAUGCAUGACUGUUUAUUUAUUGAAUCAUGGUUAAAAUGAAAAUAUGACACUUUC